AUGGAAUUUUCGAAAUGCCCACAGGCUGUCGCCUACUUGCUGUGGCCGUUGGCUUAUGGUCUUCCGACCGGAUUGAAACAUGACAAAUUACUAGUACAUACCAACAUUUUCGCUGUAAAGAGAAUAUCCUGGCCAAACACCACUGGCGUCUCCUUCUGGGGUGGCAUCCCGUACGUCGAACCUCCCAUUGGCGAUCUUCGAUUCCGGCCACCAGUAACCAAGCGCUCCUCGAACGAAACAAUCGAUGCGUCUUGGUUUGGACGAUCAUCUAUCCAAUAUAGCAACGGCCCAAAACCGGUCUACUCGGAGUAUCUCACGGGCUUUCUUCUUACCCCUGGUCAAGAGCAGAGCGAGGAUUGCCUGACCUUGAGUAUCUGGGCCCCGACUACAAGUAACAGCGAUGAACCACUGCCAGUUAUGAUUUGGAUUCACGGUGGCGGAUUCACAUCUGGUGGAAGUGCGAGCCCUUACAAGUACGGAGAUCGACUUGCGAAGGACCAGAACGUCAUCGUAGUCGCCAUGAACUACCGUCUCAACAUCUUCGGUUACCCAAAUGCUGUUGCGCUAGAUGGAAGGGACGUGAACACCUGA